GGUCGGGGGGGCGAGCUUCAAACCUGGAGGGACGCGGCCCGCUUAAAAAUCGCCCUUCUGCUGGGAGUUCACAAGUUUAGAAGGCGCAGUGACUUUUCUUAAUGUUGUGUUCGCUUCAGUUGUCGCUUGGCCUUUUGUAUUUGUUACGCGUAAACAUCCUGUCUCGUCCUUUCGGCUCUUCUGCUUGUUUAUAUCGGUUAUUUACUGAGCGAAAGUGGAGGGAAGAAAAACCAAAUUGCAUUGUAGGCCUCAUCUCAUGGCACACAAGAUGAAGCAGAAAACCUGAAACCGACUUGCUUGAUUGGGAUUAAAUCUGAAGUUGGUAAUAUAUAACUCUGAGACCUCGCCUACACAGAAUCACACUGGGUUUGUUUGCACUGGUAGUCAGGGCGCUAACCUGCUCUUCAUCUGAACAAGUGCAUUUCCAUAUGUUGUUCCUUACGGUCAGAGUCUUGCUAGGUGUAAACCAGACUUACGUUUGAUUUGAGAGUCACUCCUACAGUAUCCUUGUAGCAUAGAAGAUUACAAGGCAAGCUUUGUACCAGACAGCAUGCUUGAGCUUUUCUGACUAGGAACUUGACAUCAGCGCUUUGUUUUUGUGAACAAUUGGUUUGAAGUUGCUGGAACACUCCUUGCACGUUUUUCAGCUGAGGUAGAAGGAACAGUGUAUUCAUGUUGUUAAUUAUAAGGGACAGUUUGUUCACUUGUUCUUUUACGUUAUUAACAAUUUUAGUCCUUCCUGUUUCUGAAAUGAACAGUUUACUUUAGUGGUGAACAACACAGUGCCAGAUGGAGGCUUGCGAGAGAGAGAGUAGUUGCUGAACAAAAGUUCUGCCUAGAACUGCUUCAUUGGCAAGUUAUGUUUAGAAGAGAGGGAGUUUCUACUGUGUACUUCUAUGGUGUCCAAGCUCAUCUAUUGAUACUUCCUUUGUAACUCCAUGGUAAAACAGCUUCUGAGAGUAUCAAUUUGGUUGCCACAUCAUCUGGAUCCAGAGAUCACUUUUAAGAAAAUGUGGACUGCUAAAAGACUUUGUAGUGCUCAAAUAUUGUUGCUUCAGUUGAAAGAAGGCAGGUGGUGUAGUUGCAUGUUUCCAAAAACUCAGCAGUUCUGGACUGGAAUUCUAAACAAUUGCACCGUAAGAGCGCCAUGUAACAGAGUUCAAUUCCAGGUUUCCAAGGUAAAUGAUAAACGAUCCGUAGUAGAUACAAGAAUGGCUACUAGUGCAGAGGGAACUAAAAUAGGUGCUGGAAAAAGUCCCAGUGGAGUAUGUGAUGGAAGCCAACAUUCAUUAGAAGCAAAAAUGAAACACAUCAAUCUGUCAUUUGCAGCUUGUGGUUUUCUGGGUAUUUACCACUUGGGGGCAGCAGCUGCUUUUUACAGGCAUGGUAAGAAGUUACUGAAAGUUGUGAAAGCUUUUGCGGGAGCUUCUGCGGGAUCAUUGGCUGCCACUGUCUUAUUAGCGGUACCAGAAAAUAUGGAGAAAUGUAAGCAGUUUGCCUAUGGAUUUGCAGAGGAAGUUAGAAAAUUGGACUUUGGUGCUGUAACGCCUGGUUAUGAUUUUAUGAAAACACUUAGGGAAGGCAUAGAGUCUAUUCUUCCUUCUAAUGCUCAUGAGAUAGCUGAGAACCGGCUCUAUGUCUCAGUCACUAACACCAAAAGUGGGGAAAAUCACUUGGUUUCAAAUUUUGCCUCCAGGGAGGACCUCAUUAAGGUCCUGCUAGCAAGUAGUUUUGUACCAGUAUAUGCAGGAAUUAAGCCAGUGGAAUAUAAAGGAGAGAAGUGGGUUGAUGGUGGCCUUACCAAUGGCCUUCCUAUCUUGCCUGUUGGAAGAACUGUGACGAUUUCUCCUUUCAGUGGUCGAUUAGAUAUCUGUCCACAAGAUAAAGGACGUGUGGAUCUUUAUGUUAAAUUUGCAAAACAAGAUAUAAUGCUGUCUCUGGCCAACCUAGUAAGACUUAAUCAAGCUUUGUUCCCACCAAACCAGGAGAAAAUGGAAUUGUUGUACCAAAAUGGAUUUGAUGAUGCUGUACGUUUUUUACUGAAAGAAAACUGGUUUGAAUAGAUGGUACGUAGAAAAUUAACAAAACCUGAUAGCUGUCAAAACAUAGCUACAGACAUCCUACAGAAUCUCAGGGAUUGCUGUCCCAAUUCCUGUUUAUGAAACUAAAAAUCCCAAUGGAAUUGCAUCUGCUUCUGCCGAGAAAGUUACCAGUUGCACUCCAAAGACCUGUAUAAACAUGUCACAAUAGGAAUUGUACUUGCCUGGUAGUUGUCUUGGUUUGAGGAGGUUCAAGCUUAGACCCGUUUUGCUUCAGCUGAAGACUUGAGUGUGGGAUUUGUAAAAAGCUUGUGUUGUCAUAGUUACAGAAACUUGGAAAAGUCUUUUUCAGUGUUAUUUGAGAGAGAAAUCAACGUUGUACCAUGAAAAAUUACAAUCUGUAUUGUUCACUUAAUGUAAUAGUUGUGUGUGCUAAUUGGAUGUAUGCAGUAUUGCUGAUCUAAUACGUAUAUUGCAGUGUUCUAAAGGACUUGAACACUUAGCACUAGCCACAAGAAGUAAAACAUUUGCACUCUUUGAUAUAUGUAUUUUUAACAUUAAAAGUUCUUGCCUUUUUAGUGAAUGCAGUCUCUUAAAAUUUGAAAUACUAGUUGAAAUUUGUACCAGAAGUGUGAUGUUUCAAUGUAAAAAUAUCUUGUAAAGAAGGGUGUAAGAAAUUGUUAUAUUUAUUAUGUUUUCUUCCUCUGCUAAAAUGGAAUAAAUGUAUUUUCUUGAAA